CUCCUUUGCCACCAGCCGCCAAGGCACUCAGCUCCACUUCUGAUGGUCUGCUUCCUCCUCUGUCCGGACACGCCGCCCGAGCGGGCGGACGCCAAGGGCGGCAAGGGCGUCGAGCAGGGCAAAUUCAUUGCGGCGCAGCACAACCCGAACCAGUUUGCGCUCGGACUCAAGGACGCGUGCUGCGUUGAGCCGGGCUGCUGCAUCCUCUCCGGCCUCGGCGCGCCCUUUGGCCUGACCGCGUGCUGGACCCGCAAGGCUGUGCUCGACAAGUACGCGGGCGGCAUGCAGAACUACGUUUGCUUCCAGGGCUACAUCCCCAACUGCUGCUGCAUGGACACGUCCGACAUGUGCCGCGGCUCCGAGCUCGGCCUCUGCCUCGAGGGGAUUGAAUUACCGCCGCACAGGCCGAGCGAACGGCGCUCGGCUGUGUCUCGCCCUCUCCCGCCCUCUCUCGAUCUCUCUCACCGAGCCUCCCGCCUCCUCUCCCGCCCUCCGCAGCUCGCCUCGUGCAUCCUCGACAUCAUCGCCAUCUUUGUGGAGGAGGCACGCGAGGCGGCGAACAUCGUCGACCUCAUUGCUGACCUCGUCACCCUCUCUGUCGCCGGCUGCAUGGGCGCCCAGAUCAACCACGAGAUCAAAACGGACGCAAACGGUAUCAAGGAGCACCCCGUGGUGAUUGGCAUCCCCGUCGCGCAGGGCGGCCCGACCCCCGCGGCCGAGGAGAUGGCGCGCUGAGCAAACUCGAGGCAAGGCGGCUGCGUCCAUCUUCUCAAGGGCCAUCCCAGCCUCGUGCCGCAUGACUCAGGAUCAGGUUCGAGAUACACAGUACUAGUAGGACACUAGCGCGCAGCGGACGCGCCGGGGCCGUGGCCGCCGUAUGUUGCAUGUGUCUUGUGUGGAGUACCAGCCCGGCGCCAAGGGAGUCGGCUGUGGAGGGCCGGUUUGCGUUCUCUGGACAAGUUCAAGGGACGAACCAGAUACCAGUUCCACCCGCGAGACGUCACUCCCUUCAGGUAUAUAGCAAAUUUUGCCUUGUGCUUGGUUCGCGUGAGGGUCAAACUUUCUAUAAACG